CAUGUAAGAACGGAGGUCAGGUGAUUGGAUCUUGGCCGCCAUCUUUGUUACUGGCGGUGAAGCCUUGUUUGGAUGGUGAAGGGGGAGAGCAGCGAAGUUUAACCCGGGAGAAGUAGCUGCUGUUUGGGCUGAAACAUGGUCCAGACGUGCUCAGCGUACGGCUGUAAGAACCGGUACCACAAAGACAAGGACGUCUCAUUCCACAAGUUUCCUCUGGCGCGGCCGGACGUCUGCAGGAAGUGGGUGGCGGCGAUGAGGAGGAGCAACUUCAAGCCCACCAAGUACAGCAACAUCUGCUCCCAGCACUUCACCCAGGACUGCUUCAAGAGGGAAUGCAACAACCGGGUCCUGAAGGACAACGCCGUGCCCUCACUGUUCGGCUUCGGCCUCAGUACGAAGUCAGAAUCUCUAGAGAACCCGUUCUCCUCAGAGAUCGACUUCCGGCUCUCCCUGCCGGUGACCUCUGACCCCGCGCCGGCGGAGGAGGCCGGUGGCGGCCCGGCGGCGGUGAGCGGCGACCAUAACUACACGGCGGAGGACUCGGCGCAGCAGAAACGGCGCAUGGAGCAGCUGGAGGAGCAGCUGGAGCUGCUGCGGCGCAAACUGAAGACGGCGCAGCAGAAAGUCCGCCGGCAGCAGCGGCAGCUCAAGAGGCUGCGGGCGGGGCGGGGGGCGCGGGCCGGGCGAGGGCCGCCCGCCGACCGCUACGUGGUCGUACCGAAACACCUCUACCGCACCCUGAACGGGGUCCAGUGACCAGAACAGAACCAGAACCAGAACCAGGGUUCCCUCUGACCAGUUGGACGGUUUGCUGGUCUGGACCUCAGGAAUGUGGACGAUCAGCAGCAGUGGGGCCUCCUACACAACCAGCAGCUGCUUUAUGUAAAAUAAUGUAAAUAAAUGAGGGAUUUGAA